AUGGCGGUCGUCAACCCUAGCAACAACCCUGCUAUGUUCGAGGACGACGACGACGCUCCAAUUUCGUUCAAGAGGACAAGCAACUCUCUGAAGACUGCCAGGCCCACCCCCUCCAAGCAGGACGGGUCGUCAGGAGGCGCUGGGAACCCUGUUAGGAGCCCCAAACCUGUGGUUCCCAAUCCACAGAAGAACGGCAUGACCGGGGCUUCGAGACCAGUGCAUAUGAAGCCACCGUCGUCCAGCCCAAACCAUCGGCCUUCAGGGUCUGGCCAGCCAAACAGUUCGGCACAACAUAGUUCAAAGGGUAAUAAUAGCAUUGACAAGAGUAAACUGAAAAGACCUCUUGUGAAAGAUGAGAGGUCUGACGAUUCAGAUGAUGAGGUGCCGAUUGGGUUGAGGAGAAAGGCUGAGGAGAAGAAGUUGAAGAGAGUUGAUACCGGGGUUCAGAAGGCGGAUGACUCGGAUGACGAUGAUAAGCCAUUGAGUCUCAAGAUCAACUCGUCCAAAAUGUCUUCCAACAGCACGAGUAAGCCUGUUCCACAGAGGACUGCGGCACCAAAGGUUGAGCAGCCUGACGAAGAUUCAGAUGAUGAUAAACCAUUGGCAAGCAGGUUGCCCAAUAAUGCCGGUCCAAAAAGUGGAGGUAAUGUCUCUGAAGAUUCAGAGGAUGAGAGGCCAUUGGCUGCCAGAUUUUCAAAAGUUGCUGGCAGUGGAAACCUAAAAACAGCUUCUUCCAGCAAAGGGUUAAACAGUGAUACAAAUGGCCAACGAAGUUUGGGCAAAAGGCCUCUAGACAAUAGUAAUCAGACAAGUUCAGCUCUUAAGAAGGCAAAGCCUUCAAAUGCUUCAGCUUCUGCAAUCGUUAAAAGAGAAAUCAAGACAGAUGACAAUGACAACACACCUCUUGCACAAAGGCUGAAAAUGGGGGAGUCUUCGAAAGGCAAGCUAUCUACAAAGAGUAUCGUCAAGAAGAGUCCUGCUUCUGCGGCGAAGGACAUAAAGAAACUGAAAGGGAAAGGGAAAUUAAAGAAGAACAUGAAAAAUUCUCAGUUCUCAAAGACAAUGAAGGUCCCUCCUGGAUCUGGUGGAGGAAAGAAAUGGACUACCUUGGAGCACAAUGGCGUUAUUUUCCCUCCUCCAUACAAGCCUCAUGGUGUCAAAAUGCUUUACAAUGGGCAACCUGUUGAUCUGACACCAGAACAAGAGGAGGUUGCAACAAUGUUUGCUGUUAUGAAAGACACAGACUAUGCGGGCAAGCCAACAUUCAUUGAUAACUUUUUCACUGACUGGAGAAAAAUUCUUGGUAAAAACCAUAUUAUUAAGAAGUUCGAGCUUUGUGAUUUCACACCAAUAUAUGAAUGGCACCUCAGAGAAAAGGAGAAGAAGAAGCAGAUGACAACAGAGGAGAAAAAAGCAUUGAAGGAAGAGAAAUUGAAACAAGAGGAGAAGUACAUGUGGGCUGUUGUAGAUGGUGUUAAAGAAAAGGUUGGAAAUUUCAGAGUAGAACCGCCUGGCUUGUUCAGGGGACGUGGAGAACAUCCAAAGAUGGGAAAACUAAAGCGACGCAUUCGACCAAGCGAUAUCACGAUAAAUAUUGGAAAAGGAGCUGCAGUCCCUGAGUGCCCGAUACCUGGAGAAAGCCAAAAGGAUUUCAAGUAUGUUUUCCUGGCAGCAAGCAGCUCACUGAAAGGGCAAAGUGACAAAGAGAAGUAUGAGAAGUCCAGAAAGUUGAAGGAUGAUGAUGAAGCUGAUACUGUUGGUUGCUGUACGCUGAAGGUUGAUAAUGUUACGUGUAUGCCCCCAAAUAAGAUUCAGUUUGACUUUCUGGGUAAAGAUUCAAUAAGAUACUUUAACACCGUAGAGGUCGAAGAGCUUGUGUACAAGGCAAUUGAGGGUUUCCGUGCUGGAAAGAAGCCGGGAGAAGAUCUCUUUGACAAUAUUGAUACAACUAGGCUAAAUGCUCAUUUGAAGGAUCUAAUGCCUGGGCUUACUGCAAAAGUGUUCCGUACAUAUAAUGCUUCCAUCACAUUGGACGGAAUUUUGCAUGAAGAAACAGAAGAUGGAACUCUUCUAGAAAAAAUCGCAGUCUAUCAACGAGCAAACAAAGAGGUUGCCAUAAUCUGUAACCAUCAGCGUAGUGUCUCAAAAUCACAUGAAUCCCAGAUGAUUAAACUGAAUGAAAAGAUUGAUGAAUUGAAGUCCCAAAUGGAGGAGCUGAAAGCAGACUUGAGCAAAGCAAAGAAAGGGAAGCCUCUAGGAUAUGAUAAAGAGGGGAAGCAAAAGAGGAACUUGGCUCCUGAAGCGAUUGAAAAGAAGAUCGCAAUGGUUGAAGGCAAGAUAGAUAAGAUGGAGAUGGAUAAGAAGACAAGAGAGGAUCUGAAGACGGUUGCACUUGGAACAUCAAAGAUCAACUACCUUGAUCCUAGAAUUACUGUGGCAUGGUGCAAACGCCAUGAGGUCCCUAUUGAGAAGAUUUUCAACAAAUCUCUUAUCGCUAAAUUUGAUGGGCAAUGGACGCGUCGACCGGACUUCAGAUUCUAG